GGCAGGAAAAGCACAGAGCAAUGGCAGUGGACGAACUCAAAUGAGUUCGUGUUCCGGGAUGCAAUACAACCGAUUUCGUUACACAUUUCCAAGGAUUAGUUACAGUAAUAAUUGUCCAGCUGGCGCUCCGAAGCUAAACUAACAUUACCACACAGUAAUCGGUCAAACGGUCCAGUUGACAUCAGCUGACGUCACCAGGUUUGCAAGGAGCUGUCCCAGUCAUCUCACGCCACCUGACACUCCAUCAUCUACUGAUCCUCUGAUCUACCAGCAUGGCUAACACAGACUCGCUCAAUAUCCGGGUCUUCUCUCUGAACUGCUGGGGGAUCCGCUACGUGAGCAAACACACUCCUCAGCGCUAUGCCAUGAUUGGAGAUAUGCUGUGCAAGGAAGAGCAUGAUGUUGUCUUACUGCAAGAGGUGUGGAGUGAGAAAGACUAUCUCUUCUUGAAAAAGAAACUUGCCUGUAGUCAUCCUCACUCUCAUCACUUCAAAAGUGGAGUCAUCGGCAGUGGACUGGCCAUUUUCUCCAAACACAGAAUCCAUGAGACAUUUCUAUACCGCUACUCACUGAAUGGUUAUCCCUACAUGGCGCAACACGGCGACUGGUUUGGAGGCAAAGCCGUCGGGAUGGCGGUCUUAAAGUUCGGCAGCCUGACGGCAAACGUCUACGUGACUCACCUGCACGCAGAGUACUGCAGAGACAAGGACUCGUACCUCCCUCACCGCGUGGUUCAGGCCUGGGAGCUGCAGCAGUUCGUUCGCCACACCUCUGUUGGAGCCGACGUGGUGAUUCUCGGUGGCGACCUCAACAUGCACCCUCAGGACCUCGGCAACAGACUGCUGUUGUCUUACACUGGACUCCGAGACUCGUAUUUAGAGGCUGCGAAAUUUGACGGAUGUGAGAACGGCAUGACUCUAGUAGCCGACAACCCUUUCAUCUGUAAAAAGGAGCUCGCUCCCUUUGAGAAAGGAAUUCGAAUCGACUACAUCCUGUUCAAGGGAUCUUCCAAAACGGCCGUUUAUUGUGAUUUCAUGUCGACCACCAAAGGCUCCGUCCCUGACCACCCGUUCCCGUACUCGGACCACGAGGCUCUGACUUCGGUUUUAAGACUGGAGACGCGAGCUGAGACCGAACGUGACGGGCCACGAACAUCAAAGAAUCCGGACUCUGCUGCGGGCAAGGCGGCCGAGCUGGUGGACAUCGUGACGGAGGCGCGCACCGAAGUCAAAGUGGGCUUGCACUGCGCCGAGAGGAUGCGCUACACGGCGUCGCGCACCGGGGCGAUGGGGCUGGCGCUGCUGAUCCUGGAGCUGGCCAUCGCCGCCGUGCCCUGGCUGGCCCUGGGGGCGGAGCAACCGUUCCCCCGCACCUCCUUCUACCUGCUGGCCGCGCUGUGCUUCGCCAUCCUGGCCGCCACCGCCCUGCUGUACGUCUUCUACACCAUGGAGCUGAAGUCUCUCCAGGGCGCCGAGGACCAGAUGAGGCUGGCUGUCGGGAGUCUGCAGGAGAAGCUGCGGGGCUUCCCGCUGGCGCAGCCCCACGACGCCCACCUGAGGCCCCCCGGGGGUCAGGGGCCCGGCGUCUUUAAGCCCGAGGAGUAGAACGGGAGCCGAGCGGCUCAACGGGGGGGGGAGGGGGAGCUUCAAGAUGGAUGUUUGAGGAGGUUUUAUCUUGUGACUGUGUGAUGUCCUGCAGAAUUAGUUUCCAAGGAAGGUUCCUGAAAGUCGUGCGGGACCAUACGCGCUGAUGCUUUUUUUUCUACUUUUUUUAUAUACUCGUGUUCAGCCUUUUACGCCCUCAAUGCACCGCUCCCGAACACGUCUGUGCUACUGCUGUCCCUAAAGGUCGUUGAGGUCACCGCUUGUGUUUCUUCAGCCUUCGGUCAGACCUGCAUUCCACCCGCCGGUAGUUUCAGCGGGACCAGUUGUUUCACUUUUCUUUUUUGUUCUUCUCCAUGCUUCCCUUUCGUGAUUCCGACAGAAUUGUCGGGGGUCCAAGCUGUUUGCCGUGUUACCGUGUUUCCUUUUUCUAGACUCUCCGUGUGGUCUCCACAGCACUGAAGAAACACUCCGAAUGUUGAAGUAUUACAUAUUUAUCAGUACUAUUUUAUUUUCUCUCGAGGAUCGUGGAGAGCUUCCAGUGGCACUUUAAAAAAAACAAGAUCCUCUGCACCAGUUCAGACUUUUCAGUGUCGUAUUGAAGGGAAAAGGAACAAACUCGGUCCUGCACUGCAAAGUAUCUUUAUGUAUCGUCGUGUUUUCACGUGACCAUGUUUGUGCUGUAGAAAACGUGCAGUGGGAAGCGUGCAGCGCACUCCGUCGGCUAACUCGAUGAGCCAGUUCUUUUCAUGUAGGAUGGGCGAUUACUUAAUGCUUUUUUAAAUGGCUGUAAAACAGUAUUAUGACUCAUUGAAAGCCUGACUGAAACAACGACUGAGCAUUUUAAAACUUUAUUUUUUCACCACGAUGUUGGAAAGGCACUCGUUAGUUCUUAAUUUAGUAACGGAUGUAUAACUUAAAAAAAUACUUGAUGUUCAUUCCAAUAAAAAGUUGUGAUGGGCAUGAUUAUGAAGGCAAUAAUAAAGACUUUAUACUUGA